AAAUACAUAAAGUGAAGUUCCAAAAAAACUAAUGCCUUUAUAUGAAUAAAGGCCAAUUGUACACACACACACAAGAAAUUUUAAAACAAAAACAAAUAAAGGGGUGAGAGAGUGGAGAAGGAGACAUAACUUUCAAACUCCCACUUUCCAAAUGAAUGCUCCAAAAUGCACAUUUGAAACACACGAGACGCCUGCCCACGAGGGGGCGCUGCGUUCGGGCAGGAAGAGAAAGUACAUGGCCGCGGAUGCCCCGGAGCAGCAGCAGCAGCAGCAGCAGCAACAACAAAACAAAACAACACCCUCAUUCGGUCACCGUCUGGGAUUUGUGUGGCUUUUUGGGUGCUUACGGCGAGGACCUUGUGCAUUGGCGAAGCACGCAAGGCAGACGUCGGUGUAUUUUUGGGUGGGUGGGGACGUGUAGCCGAGGCGGAUUUCGGCUAGAAUGGCUGCUAGCCGGCUAGCAUUGAUGCACCUUUAACCUCUUGUUGAUUUGCACCAGCAGUAGUGAAUGCACUGGCCCAGUUGUCGUUCAUAAAGCACCUAUACUGUGGCCGAGUCGCACUUUACCCGCACAUUACUCGUUCGCAUUUUUUAAUUGUUAUUCGCGACCUCCGACGGGAGCGCCGUGUUAGCUUUCGGCAAACCCGAGAAUGGGGCGCUUUGGGCGGCCACAACACUCGACGUCGACCGAGCCGUUAAGCUAACGUCGGCCCGGUAACGCCAUACCAACGUUCUGUUCAAUUCUGAAUAAAAUUGCGCCUAAUUUGUUAUUUUUGCGCGUUAAAUUUGUAAAUACAUAAGGAGCGGCCAAUGUUGGUUCACCUGCCAGGCAGCCAGCUAGCAGUAGACGUCCACCUUCUCGCGUGUCUGUUGUAAUUUCCCAACAUUUCUUCUGCCAAGGCACCAAUUUUACAUGAGAAAAAAAAAUGAUCAUGGCCUUUUACCAAACAUGAAAGGCACAAAAAGUGGCUACGCACUUUAAUUUUGUACCUUCCGCCAUCUAGUGGAAGAACAUUUAAUUGUUAUGCGUGUCACUAUACACCGCUGGCGUAGAUGGAUGAAAAUAAAAUGCAUUGUAUGUUGUCAGUAAAAUAAUUUUCAGGCUAAUUAUGUGGAAUUGGGUCGUUUCCCACCGCGCACUGGUUGGAAGUCGCUGGGCUGCAGCGUGCUCCUCGAGAUAAUCUUGCUCACGAGCCUUCGCUUGGACAUGUUGAAGUUUUAAGCAAUGUGGUGUUCCCUUUCUACUGACCGGCAAAGUGUUGCGACAUAUGUGGACACGAGCAUUUGGUUUUAUGGAUGAUGGAUACGAGCGCGAGCAUCCGCGCGAGAGUGCCGAGAGGAAAAUGAGCAGGUUGUACAUGUCAGCGUUGUGAAACGGAGCUGUUUGCGACUGGAACAUGGCCGUGACGAGGAAGGCGACAGCAGCAGUUCACUGACUGAAGACAUGAGUGUCCGCCAGCCCACCUCCACCCUUGACAGCCCCUUCGCCGCUUGGCUCAGCAGUCUGACCACCGGGGACUCGGAACGCAAGUCGUCCGCCAGUCAGCAGAGGGACCCGCUGGCCGACGUCCCCAGCGAGCGCGCGGGCGGCGGCUCGGUCCAGAGAUGCGUGGUGGUGCAGAAGGACCAGCUGGGUUUCGGCUUCACCGUGUGCGGCGAGCGGGUGAAGCUGGUGCAGAAUGUGCGGGCAGGCGGGGCAGCCGUCAAGGCCGGAGUCCAAGAAGGAGACCGAAUCAUAAAGGUGAACGGUUCGCUCGUGUCCUCCAUGUCCCAUCAGGAGGUGGUGAAACUCAUUAAAUCUGGAACGUAUGUCGCGCUCACCCUGCAAGGACCGCCCCCUUCGCCGUGCUCCUUCCCCGCUGAUCCCGCACCCAAUCAGAGGAUGCUUACUAGCGUUGAGGCUCCACCCCCACCACCUUCACUGUCAGGACUGAGCGGCACUCCCUCUCAAAGAAUCACUGGACCCAAACCGCUCCAGGACCCCGAGGUGCAGAAGCACGCCUCUCAGAUACUUCGGAAGAUGCUGCACCAGGAAGAAACGGAGCUGCAGGUCUUAAUGGAGGAGCAGUCGCGGAAUCCGUCGCCGUCUCUGGAAGAGCGAAUCGAAAGCGCCAAGAGGCGAGCCCGUCAAGUGCGCGUCAAGCUUCAGCAGGACGCAGAGGGAACGCGGUCGCAAUGCGUCAACCGCGCCGUCACGGGAGGCGAAGCAGGACGCUUGUCGCUGGACUCGAGCGAGGGCGACAUGGAGGCCUUUGAAAGUCCCCACUCAUCCCCCUCAUCUUCCUUCCGGAGCUUUCUACACCGCCGGCAGAGCUCCAACACCCUCUCCGAUUCGAGCGGCAGAGCCCAGAUCAUCGGGCCUGAGGAGGAAGACGAGGAAGACGACAAUUACGUGUUCAAUGAGAUGGACGGCCCCUUCCAGGACAUGGAGCUGCUGAAGUUGCGGCCCGCCCACAUGACCAUCUUCCUUAGAUACGUCUUCACGCAGCUUCUGGACCCCAACCCGCUGCUCUUCUACCUGUCGGUGGAGGCUUACCUGGGCGCCGCGCCCAAAGACGCCCGCUCCCUGACUCCGCAGAUCUGCUCCCAUUUCCUCGAUCCGGACGCCCCCUUGAAGCUCAAAGUACCAGAAGACUACCUUACAGACAUCGAGAGCCGCUUACACUCUCAGGAGGACAUCCGCGGGCCGCUGUGUGAGCUGCAGCAGCAGGUGCUCCCCCACAUCCAGGACCAGCUUCUGGACUACAGGAACAAGCAAAUGAUGGGCCUGGGCGCGCUCUUUGGCGAAAGUGACCUGCUGCUGCUGGACGGUGACCCGCUGAAAGAGCGUCAGGUGGUGGACAAGCAGGUCACCGCCCUCUGGGAGAUCCUGUGCAAGCACGAAGAGGACAGAAGCUCCCCGCUGGCGUCGGCCGUGCUUCUGUACCUGCGCCACGCCGGCGUCAAGCUGCGAGACUCCAAGGCGUUCCCCGGUUUGAGCACCGAGAAGGAAAAGUGGCUCACGUUCCUCAAGACGAAAAAGCUGAGUGGCGCCAAGAAGGAGAAAGACGGCGAGGACAAGAAGAGGAAUCCCAUCCUGAAGUACAUCGGGAAACCUCGGAGCGCAUCGCAGUCCACAUUCCAUGUCCCGUUGUCCCCUGCCGAAGUGCGACUAGGAAGCGUCAGGAACAUCAUUCAGCAGUUUGAGAACAACUCGGAGACCGGAGCCGAGGACGGCGGCGACCCGCAGGUGGCGUUGUCCGGCGGGCAGGGUGAAGACUGCGUGGCCCGCCCGACGGCCUCCGUGCGUCUGGCACGCAGCGAGUCUUUGAAGGCUCAGGGCGAAGGUCGGCGGCGGGGCGUCGCGUCAUGCGGCGAGUCCGUCCCCCGCUCUCGCAGCGACGUGGACAUGGAGGACCCCGGUGAGGAGAGGGACGGGCCAGGCCUCAGACUGCAGCACAGCGCCUCGUCGUCGGCGUCCGGCAGCUCGGCCAGAUCUCUGGAGAACCCCACACCGCCGUACACGCCGCGCUCCAUCCGCAGGAGCACGGAGUCGCCGCUGACCCUGCUGCUGGACGCCGGCGCCCCCGAGGAGGAGGCGUGCGAGGGUCAGAACUGGCAGGAGACUGUGCCACCUCAGCUCUUGGCCACGCUCGGCCCGAAGGAGGUGGAGCGCCAGGCGGUCAUAUACGAGCUCUUCACGACCGAGGCGUCGCACCUGCGCACACUCCGAGUCCUGGACCAGGUCUUCUUCCAGAAGAUGCGAGCCGUGCUCAGCGCCGACGAGCUGGCCUGCAUCUUUCCCAACCUGCCGCAGGUCUACGAGCUGCACGCCAGUCUGUGCGAGGCCAUGAGGAAGCGGCGAGAGUCCGUCAUCGUUCAAGACAUCGGCGAUGUCGUGUUGGCGAGGUUUGAGGGUGCCGCCGGGGAGGAGUUUCAGGAGCAGGCGUCCCAGCUGUGCAGGCAGCAGUCUCAGGCGCUGGAGCUCAUUAAGAGCAAACAACGCAAAGACCCCCGCUUUACCCACAUUGUCCAGGAGUGCGAGGCGAGUCGCCACUGUCGCCGUCUGCAGCUCAGAGACCUGCUGGUGUCCGAAACGCAGAGGUUGACCAAGUACCCGCUUCUCCUGGACAACAUCAUCAAGCACACCGAGGACACCUCCGCCGACGUUCCCGCCCUCCAGCGGGCGCAGGCCUGUUGCCGUGGAAUCCUGCAGGCGGUCAACGAGGUGGUCAGGGAGACUGAAGACCGCCACCAUCUGAGCAAGUACCAACGCAGACUGGAUGUGGCGCCACAGUUCAAGGGUCUGGACCUGAGCACCAAGAAGAUGAUCCACGAGGGUCCGCUCGUCUGGAAAGUCAGCAAGGACAAGCAGUUAGACAUCCACGCGCUGCUCCUGUCCGACUGCCUGCUGCUGCUGCAGCGCGGCCCCGACGAGCGUCUGCUGCUGCGUCACCCGUCCCGCUGGCUGGGCGGGGGCGGCGGAGACAGCCCGCUGGUCAAGUUGGACUCGCUGCUGGUGCGCUCGGUCGCCACAGACAACAAAGCGCUCUACGUCAUCAGCGCGACCGAGAGGCAGAUCUACGAGCUGGCGGCGGGGACGGCGUCGGAGAAAAACACCUGGAAGGACUUUUUGGAGAAGACCGUCGCCUCUGCUGCCAGCCCACGCCCGAGCAAUUACGGCUCAGCGGCCACUGCCUCUCCCAGUCUUGGCGCUGCAUCCUCGGUGGCAGGUGCGGGCUGCGCCUACGCAGAAAACGCCGCGAGGGCCCGGAACGACGCCGCGGCCGUCUCUGCGGCUUGCGGCCGGUCGGGAGAACUGUACCGCCAUGAAGGACACGGCGUGGGUGUGGCAGAUGCGGCGUUGCAGGACGUGGAAACGCUGCGGCAGCUCCUCUUCCUCGACGCCCACGAGGACGGCUGGAGCCCCGCCUUGCGAAGCCCGGCCGACGCGCAGAAUCUCCGCGGCGACCGACGUGAGGCGCCGCCGUGCGACGGCGCUCAGGUCGUAAGAACGGCGAUGGCGGCGGCUUCUUCUUACUCUGUCCCUGACGACAUCGCUGAUGAUGUCACGGCAAAAUCUGAGCAGUCGUCACCGGCCGCAGCGCACGAAAAUGUAUUUUACCUGGUCGCGCCCGAACGGCGAGGCGAGAGCGCCGCCGACCCGGCGGACGGAGAAGCGGAAAGCGACGUGUCGGGGGGGUGCGGCGAGGAGGCGUUGCGGCAGAGUCACGUGAUCAAAAACGUGGAGGAGGUCUUCCACACCAUCGAGAACUUGAUGAGCAAGCUGCGUCAGCUCAAGGACAUCGAGGGCGAGCACCGCAAACUGCUGACGUCGCUCCGGGAGCCGUCGGAGGAGGAGGAGGAGCGGGCGUGCCGCCGCCGCCGCCGCGCUCCGGACCGCGGCUCGGCGGACGGCAAGGAAGGAAGUCCCACCCAGCCCAGGAUUCAGUCCACUGGAUUGUGAGAGCCACUGGAAGCACCCCAAAUGGGACCUCCAGUCACCCAGCACUUUAGCCACAACGCAGACCCCCGUCUCACCCUUAGCCCGCUUGACUGUGUUUGGCUUGUCUUAGGCCAGCGGUUCUCAAACCGGGGUCUCCGCGCCGGAGCUUGCAAAACAAUUUGCCGUAAAUUAUUCUGAUUAUUAUUUCGUGUCAUUUACUCAAAAAAGUGCAUACCUACUGUACAAAUGGGGACCGGCCCGCCAAUAAAACAAAUGUAAGAAACCAAUCCCUGCCUUUAGUCAAUAAAGGCGCAAUAUUAUGAAAAUAAGACUUGUUAAGAUAAGACUUUAUUCCCCCAGUAAACAUUUAGUUGGCUGUUAAUAUUUUUUCUAAAAAUGGUUUUAUUCUCGUAAGAUUACCACUCAAAUACAUCUUUUGUUCUUGUAAAGAUGGAUUUAAUUAAUUUUUUUUUGUUUGUAAAAUACGAUGAUUCUCAAAAAUCUGGAUUUGGCCCCCCAUCCCAAAAAAAUAAAAAAUAAAAUAGGCCACUUUUUAAUUCCUGAUGGCGCUUAGGGGUUUCAAGUGGUGGUAAUGUUUCAUCGGCGUUAGGAUUAUGAGGGACCCAAAAAGUUUGAGAACUCCUGUCUCAAAGGCCACGGCCUUGACUGACUGAACUUCUUAGCGGGAAAAACAAGCUGUGCAAAGAUAUGCUAAGCUUUCCAGCUGCUGCUGGUGGGCUUUUUGAAAAAUCUUUUUUUUUUUUUUUUUUUUUGCUUAUUGUUGUGUUGUGGAAUCACGAAGAAAAGCCACGCUGACGCGUUUCACUUCCGAGCUGACGGACUCUACCAAAGUCAAAAAACAAAAAAAAAAAAAAAACAGCAUCUGCAGA